AUGAUGAGCAUUGCUGGAUCGUCAGGCUUACUGGAGCCUCAUGAGAGAGCUGUCGUGGCAACUGGACAGUUUUCUGAUCAUGGAGGAGACAGGGAAUGCAUCCUUCCUAUCGACUCCGAAAACAAUAAGUCGGACAGUGUGUUCAUGACAGGCUGGAGAGCAUGGUGCAUGAUCCUUGCCAUUAGUGGUUCAACAUUGUUGAAUGUUUAUUUCGGCGGUGCCAUGACAGUUGCAGUACCAUCCAUCGGAUCAGACUUAAGCUUCUCGCAGGCCACCCUUUCCUGGCCUAUACAGGCGUACAACUUGAGUUACGGAUGUCUGCUGCUACUCACAGGCCGGAUGGCUGACAAGUACGGAAGACGGACGCUUUUUAUGGUUGGAGCUUCCUGGUUUACUCUGCUUUCCAUACCUCCCAUAUUCUGCCCUGAGCCUGUCUCCCUGAUUACCGUCGUGGGUCUUCUGGGUGUCGGGGCAUCUAUGAUGACAUCGGCUGGGAUCGGUAUCAUUGGCGGUAAUCUCACUGGUGCUCUGAAAACUCGGGCAAUGGCCGUGCUCGCUGGCGGUCAGAGCGUCGGUUUUAUCCUAGGCAUCUUAGCAUGCGCAAUAUUUUUGGGUGCGGCAUGGAUAUCGGUGCCCAAGGACCGAGUAAAAUACGACAGAGAAAUGGACUGGAUGGGAGCUGUUCUUAGCUCGCUGGGCUUGGUGCUCCUCAUUUUCUCUCUGUCUCAGUCUCAGUCAGUCGGAUGGAGGACAGCCUAUAUCCCGACGUUGUUUUCACUUUCCCUCAUAUUCCUCGUCCUUUUCGCAAUGUGGGAACGACGUAGGGAAUCACAGGGCAGAGCCGUGCUCCUUCCCUUCAGUAUUUUCAAACAGGGGAAUGGUCGUUUCGGGGGCGUGUUUGCUAUGAUCUUCCUAAUGUGGUGGGGGUUCAACACGGUACAAUAUUUUGUCACCCUGUACUUCCAGGACGUACAGAAAUUGACCCCAUUGCACACUAGCAUCGCAUUUAUACCAGAAGCGAUUUCCGGCAUGAUCGUAAAUGCGCUCUCCGGCUUGGUAGUGGAGUAUGUUUCGGGAGAGAAACUGAAUGCUUUUGGUGCUGGUAGUCUGGUCGCUGCUUGUGCUCUCCUCGGAGUCAUAGAUCCCCACGGCUCGUACUGGAAAAACGCCUUCCUGGUGCUGACCCUCUUACCCAUCGCCGAUACGGCGUUCAUUGUCGGAAACAUUUUCACAACAUCCGCUAUGGACGAAAGGUCACAAGCACUGGCCGGAGGACUAUUCUCUACUGCCACCAGGAUUUCGACUGCCGUUGGCCUUGCUCUGACAUCGCUUGUCGCGACGUCUGUGUCCAACAACUACGCACAUGCUCAUGACAUCGAUCCGGUGUCACCGAGAGCCCUGCUGGAGGGCUACCAUGCCGCUGGGUGGCUAUGCUUAGCCGCCGCAUCGGUAGGUCUCAUCCUGAAUUUCUGGGCUUUGAGGGGGGUUGGCGUCAUGGGCGGCCGCAAGGGCGAGCAGAGAAAGCAAGAGCGGAUGGAGAUGUCGACCUUGGGUGGGGGAAAGUAA